AUGUCCUACUUUCAACACUCUGUCGAGUUCCUCGGAGUAAUGAAACAGCGCUCCCCAUUCAUCGGGCGCGAUGUCAACGCCUUGAGAAAGGAGCUUGAAGGAGGAAUGUCAAGGGAUAGGAGAGAGCAGAUGCGGUUGUUUGUGGCGGACUUGAAGGAUAAGAGGCAGAGGCUUGCGGCGGAAGUGUAUUGGGCAAGAUAUCCUGAAUUUGUGCUUGAGGGUGAGGGGAAGCUGGAUUAUGGAAUUGGCGAUCGGUUUAUUGCUGCAGAUAAUACCGCAAAAUUUGGGAGAGGGAGGUGUUUGCUGAUGUAG